UAUUGGAAAUGGAGUCCCAACCCAAACCUGUUGCUUCCCCUCCAACCCAAGCACCACCCAUGCCUUCUUCUUCUCCUUCUCCGCCAGCCCAAGCAUCGGCGCCGCCGGAGCGGCUACUGGACCACGUCCUUCGCGCCGCCGCCGUGGUGUUGACGUUCAUUGCCGCGGUCGUGAUGGGCGCGGCCAAGGAAGACUUGACGCCUGCGGACUCUUUCUUCGGUGCGUCUGUGACCGGCCCAAAGAUCAAGUCAGUGAACUCCGCCGCCUUCGUAUACUUCAUAAUCGCCAACGUGCUCGUGCUGGUUUACUCCAUCGCCUCCCUCGCACUGUCGUUCGUGAACAGGGCCGCAUCCAAGGGCUUAGAACUGGCACUGUCGCUUGCAGACGUGGUGAUGCUGGCUUUCCUGUUCACGAGCAAUGGCGCUGCGAGUGCGAUCAUUCUCGUGGCAGAACAGGGACAAGCGCGCUUUUUCUGGACGAAAUUUAUCUGCAGCAACGCGAGUGGCUUCUGCGCCAGCGUCAAGGCCGCCAUCGUUCUGUCGAUGUUUGCAGCUGUGGUUCACCUGCUGCUAGUCUUCCUCAAGCUACUUGUUCUGCAGAAGAAGUCUCAGUAGUCUUCAACGCAGAUUCCAGAUGUUUGCACUAGUUGUUACUUUGAUCAAUUAGGACAUGUUCUUGUAAUGCAUCCGAUGUUUUCCUUUGAUCUCUACGAGGGGAUAAUAAAGCACAAGACGUGAAUGGA